CCCGCCACCAUCCUCUCACACCCUAAAGGUAAACUAAACUACUAAACUAUCGCUCUCCUCGCGGGACGAAAAACAACCCAAUGGCAACCUCAAGCCCAAACUCAAAUCCCGCCCCAUCCUCCCCAGAAGAAGCCGAAAAGCUCAUCCGCCACAUAUGCCACCACGGCUACCGCACGAACGACGAAAUACAACAAGCCAUCGAUUCGCAUUUCCUCCCCCACGCAGACCAAAUCCUCGCUCUGCAUAAGACGACCCAUUUCACCGACAAGCCCCCCUUUGGGUCGGUGGUUCCGUGGGCGCUGGGGAAGAAAUGCUAUCCGCUCCUGCGAUAUCUCAUACAUAAUGGGUGGGAGAUGAAUCGGGAGCGCGAGGGGAUGAACGGAUGUCCGUCGUUGCUAGGCGCACUCCCUGUCCUACGAGACAUAGAUCUGACCCGCUUCCUCCUCGCCCAAGGCGCGGACCCCCGCGUCGGAAACACCCCGCCCCCCUACCCCCGCACAAUCACCCGCGGCUCCAAAGGUUGGCUCCUCCACCUCGCCUCCAUGUUCAGCAGUCUCGAGACCUUCACGCUCUUGCAUUCACACGGGGCAAACCUAUCCUACGCGCACGCCCUCCACGGCGCCGCCUCCGCUGGCCCCUCGCAAAUCCCUAUCAUCCGGCACUUGCUGGAUAGCAAAGCCGUCGAUGUGGAUGAGCUUGACAUUUAUCAUGCUGUGCAUCAGGGGACGCCGCUGCUUGCGGCGAUUACGAAGGGGCAUGUAGAGGUUGUAAGGGUGCUGCUAGGGUAUGGGGCGCAUCCGCUGGCGUGUAUCAAGACCCCGUAUGAGUCGAGUGCUGAGGAGUCGGCGAGGGCGUUGGGGAGUAGGGAUGAGGAGGCUUCGAAGGAGAUUUUGAGGAUGUUGGAGGAGGCGAGGGGAGAGAGAGAGAGGGAGGGGAGGUUGGGUGGUGUGCCGGUUUCGGUUUUGGUUAAACCUAGGUCGGGUGCGUCUGGUGCGUCUGGUGCUUCUUGAAAAGGAAUUGGGAUGGCUUGGUAAAAGGACGAGUAUUUAUGAAGCAGUUGUAUCUUGAAAACCGUUUGUCGGAGGGGUGGUUUAGCGGGUCUUAAUUCCUGAGGGGUGAUAGUUUAUUUAGCAUUAAAAGAUUAAAAGAGGGAUUUAAAUUAUCUAAUACUUAAAUAUUAAUUCC